UCCCAGCAAAGAACAACCCAGCCUAAUGAAGUCACAGCAUAUUUGGUGGCUAUGGAAUGGUUACUGAAUGUUGAGGGAAGCAGGACAGAAAACUUGUAAGAAAGAGAAAUGAAAUGGAGGAUACAGGGGGAUGGGGGUGGGGAGGAAGCAUAAACCGGUGUGAUCUAAACUGAAGCAUGUUGCAGGUUCUGUUUCUAAUCUUCCCUCUCAGUCCUUGUCUGAAUCAGGAAACAUCUAUCUCCAAAAGGGAAUUUACUGAUAUCUGAUUCUGGCCAGCUCCUGGAUACAGGGCGAGUUCAGACUUGCCUUGGCUUACGUCCUAUUAAAGCAGGCUAUUUUGUUGCAUCAGUUUUGCUGCCAGGAUUCCUAUGAAUAUACACCCAAGUCUAUUCUUCAGGGCUUUCAUGCUGGAGUUAGCAGGGGCUAUUCUCUCAUACGACCUCUGACAGUGGAGGUAGAACAUAUUCAUCCUGGCUAGUAGCCAUUCAUAGCCUUACUCUCCACAAAUUUCUCCAGUCCUCCUUCAAAGCCAUCUGAAUUGCUAGCCAUUGCCGCCUCCUGUGGGUGUGAGUUCCAUAGGUUUAUUGUGCACCAUAUGUGAAGAAAGAGUCCUGGAAGCUUGUGACUCCUCCCUUCCCAAGUGAAAGAUGGUUCUGCUACGCCAGUUUGGGCUUCUUCUCUGGAAGAAUUACAUCUUGCAGAAGCGACAGAUUUUGGUCACGAUCAUAGAGAUCUGCCUGCCAUUGUUGUUUGCUGCCAUCCUCAUUGCCCUCCGUCACAGAGUACAGGCGGUUGACCACCCGAAUGCCACCACCUAUCACAGUCUGCCGGUGUCUAAGCUGCCUUUUUCCUCUCAUUGGCACCCACACAACUUGGAGCUUGCCUAUGUCCCCGUUAACAACACGGCUGUGAAGAGCAUCGUGGAGACUGUGGCGAAGGCACUGGAAAUCAAUACCAAAGCUCGAGGCUUCCCUUCUGAGAAAGCCUUUGAAGACUACAUCAGGUUUGACAACCGCUCUGGCAAUGUUCUAGCUGGCAUUGUCUUCGAACAUCUCUUAGCUCACAGUCGAGAGCCCCUGCCACUGCAGGUGAGUUACCGACUGCGUUUCAAAUACAGCCCUAGGAAUGCCCCUCGGAGUGAGCAGACAGGCCUGAACCCUAACCUGGACCGUGAUUGGCACACCAGCUACCUCUUCCCACUGUUCCAGUUACCAGGACCCAGAGAACCCAACUUGCAUGAUGGAGGGACACCAGGGUAUUACCGAGAAGGCUUCCUGGCAGUGCAGCAUGCUGUGGACAAGGCAAUCCUACAGUCCCACAUCAACACUUCUGCGGAAGGUCUGCUGGAAAGGUUCAUGGUGGUCAUUCGCCGUUUUCCCUACCCACCCUACGUCAAUGACCUCUUUGUGCUGGCCAUUCAGAACCAGCUUCCCCUGUUGCUCAUGCUGAGCUUCACCUAUACCUCGCUCAACAUAGUCCGCGCUGUGGUGCAUGAGAAAGAGAAGAAGCUGAAGGAGUACAUGCGAAUGAUGGGCCUCAAUAACUGGCUGCACUGGAGUGCCUGGUUCCUCAUGUUCUUCCUCUUCCUUUUGGUCUCCAACUUCUUUGUCACCAUCCUCUUCUGCGUAAAGGUGAGCAAACAGGGAGCGGUGCUCACAAACAGUGACCCCACUCUGGUGUUUACCUUCUUGACCGUCUUCUCCAUCGCAUCCAUCUCCUUCAGCUUCAUGAUCAGCACCUUCUUCUCCAAAGCAAACGUGGCGGCAGCUGCUGGGGGCUUCCUCUACUUUUUCUCCUACAUUCCAUACUUCUUCAUCUCCCCACGCUACGACACGAUGACACACAACCAGAAGCUUUCGUCGUGCCUCAUUUCCAACGUCGCCAUGGCUAUGGGAGCACAGUUGAUCGGCAUGUUCGAAGGGAAAGGCACUGGGGUGCAGUGGAGGGACCUUCUGAAACCAGUCAGCGUGGACGAUAACUUCACUGUGGCUCACGUCUUAGGGAUGCUACUCCUGGACUCAGUGUUGUAUGGCUUGGUGGCCUGGUAUGUGGAGGCCGUGUUCCCAGGAGAGUAUGGCAUCCCCCAGCCCUGGUACUUCUUCUUGAUGCCUUCGUAUUGGUGUGGAAGUCCUCAGACAGUGCUGGGAAAGGAGAAAGAAGAGGAAGAAGACCCAGAGAAGGCCCUGAAAAGCCAGUACAUAGAAGAGGAGCCAUCGAACCUUGUUUCAGGGAUCAAAAUUAAGCACCUGUCCAAGGUGUUCAAGGUGGGGAACAAAGCCAAGGAAGCCGUACGGGACCUGACCCUGAACAUGUACGAAGGGCAAAUCACAGUGCUUCUGGGGCACAAUGGUGCUGGGAAGACAACGACUUUGUCCAUGCUCACAGGACUGUAUCCUCCAACAAGUGGCCAAGCAUACAUCAAUGGCUAUGAGAUCUCCCAGGACAUGAAUCUGAUUCGAAAAAGUCUUGGCCUCUGCCCUCAGCAUGACGUCCUCUUUGACCAAAUGACAGUGGAAGAGCACCUGUACUUCUACUCUGCGUUGAAAGGUUUUCCUGCAGAGAAAUGUCUAGAGGAGAUUGACCGCAUCCUGCACAUCCUCAGCCUACAGGAGAAACGCUUCUCCCUGUCUAAAGCAUUGUCUGGGGGGAUGAAACGGAAGCUCUCCAUUGGCAUCGCACUCAUUGGAGAUUCCAAAGUGGUGAUGCUAGACGAGCCAACUUCAGGCAUGGAUCCGGUUUCUCGCCGGGCCACUUGGGAGCUUCUGCAGCAGCAGCGGAGCACCCGCACCAUCCUGCUCACCACACACUUCAUGGACGAAGCAGAUCUGCUGGGCGACCGCAUUGCGAUUAUGGCUAAGGGGGAGCUCCAGUGCUGUGGGUCUUCGCUCUUUCUCAAGCGUAAAUACGGUGCAGGAUACCACAUGGUGAUGGUGAAGGAGCCGUGCUGCAACCUUGGCGAAAUCUCCCGCCUCAUCUAUCAUUGUGUGCCCAACGCCACCCUGGAGAGCAACGCUGGGGCAGAGCUGUCCUUUAUCCUCCCCAAAGAGAGUACGCACAGGUUUGAGGCUCUGUUCACAGAGUUGGAGUUACGGCGGGAAGAGCUGGGCAUUGCCAGUUAUGGAGCUUCAGUCACCACUAUGGAGGAAGUUUUUCUCAGAGUUGGCAAGCUGGUUGAUUCCAGCAUGGACAUCCAAGCCAUCCAGCUGCCAGCUUUGCAGUACCAGCAUGAACGGCGAUCCAACGACUGGGCCAUGGAUGACUCCAGCAGCCUGAGUGGGAUGACUGACAUGACGGAUGACAGCGGGGCUCUGAUCACGGAAGAUUGCUCCAACAUCAAGCUGAACACGGGGUUCUACCUCUGCUGCCAGCAGUUCUAUGCCAUGUUUAUGAAGAGGGCCGUCUACAGUUGGCGCAACUGGAAGAUGGUGGCAGCGCAGUUCCUGGUGCCUCUGAUCUUCACUGCCUUCGCCCUGAUUGUGGCCAAGACCUUUCCAGGCCAACGAGACUCUUCCCUGCUCAAGAUGACCUUAAAUCCAUAUGGACAGACUACAGUGCCCUUUUCUGUCUCCCAAGAAUCCACCCUGGCCCAGAGACUAGGAGAGCAGUAUAAGGAUAUCGUGGACUCUCAGCACCAAGGGCCACUGGAGGUAGUGGGUGACCUGCAGGAAUACCUGAUUUCUCGAGCAGCUGAAGAAGGAGGAGCCUUCAACGAGCGCUACAUUGCGGCAGCUUCCUUUGAAGAAACCGGGGAUCUAGUGAAGGUGACGGCUCUCUUCAACAACCAGGCGUUCCACUCGUCUGCCGCAGCCCUUCUCCUGGUUGACAACGCCCUGCUGAAGCUGCUGGUUGACCCCAAUGCUUCCAUCUCCGUGGCUAACUACCCACAGCCCCGCAACACAACAGAGACCGCGAAGGACCAGCUCAUGGAAGGCCAGACGGGUUUCGCCAUUGCAAUCAACUUGCUAUAUGGAAUGGCAUCGUUGUCCAGCACCUUCGCUCUCCUGCUCGUCAGCGAGAGGGCCAUCAAGGCCAAGCACGUCCAGUUUGUCAGCGGGGUCUAUGUCGUCAAUUUCUGGCUCUCGGCCCUCCUGUGGGACCUCAUCAACUACCUCACGCCCUGUGUGCUCAUGCUGGUAAUAUUCCAAGCCUUUGACGUGAAAGCCUUCACCCAGGACAACCACCUUGUUGAUGUGAUGCAGAUCUUCCUCCUUUACGGCUGGGCCACGAUCCCCCUCAUGUAUCUGCUCAGCUUCUUCUUCUCUGUGGCUUCUACGGCCUACACACGCCUCACCAUCUUCAACAUCUUCUCAGGGACAGCCAGCUUCCUAGCAGUUACAAUCAUGAGCAUUCAAGAACUUGGAAUGGUGGAUCUCUCAAGGAUGUUGGAUAAAAUCUUCUUAAUCCUGCCCAAUUACUGUUUGGGACAAAGCAUCAGCAAAUUCUACCAGAACUAUGAGUUCAUUCAGUUCUGCACCUCGUCGAUCGAGUCUCUCCUUGUCUGCAAAGUGUUUAAUAUUACUUUCCAAACCAAUUACUUUGCAUGGGAGAGCCCAGGGAUUGGCAAAUACUUGACUGCCAUGGCUGUACAGGGGCUCGUGUUCCUCAUCUUCCUCUUCCUCAUUGAGACCAACAUCCUUUGGAGACUGAAGAACCUUGUCUGCAACGUGCAUCGGAGGCGGAAGUGGAUGAUGCUGCUGAACCGAGUCCCUGUCCUUCCAGAAGACCGAGAUGUUGCAGAUGAGAGGAAGAAGGUUUUGGAGUCACCAACCGCAUCCCUUUCAUCACUGAACAGUCCCUUAGUCAUCAAGGAGCUUACCAAGGUGUACAGCAACAGGGACUCAUGCCUGGCUGUGGACAGAAUAUCCUUGGCAGUCAACAAAGGAGAGUGUUUUGGGCUUCUGGGCUUCAACGGGGCAGGGAAGACCACCACCUUCAAGAUGCUGACGGGGGAUGAGAGCAUCACAUCGGGAGACGCCUAUGUGGAUGGGCACAGCAUCCUGGCCAACAUCAAGAAGGUCCAGCAGCGGAUUGGCUACUGCCCUCAGUUUGAUGCCCUUUUGGAUCACAUGACCGGGAGGGAGACCUUGAGCAUGUAUGCCCGGCUGCGAGGGAUUCCCGAGCGCUACAUUGGCAGCUGUGUGGAGAACAUGCUCCGAGGGCUUCUCUUAGAGCCACAUGCGAACAAGCUCAUCAGGACGUACAGCGGUGGCAACAAGCGGAAACUGAGUGCGGGGAUAGCUCUGAUUGGUGGCCCCCCUGUCAUCUUCCUGGAUGAGCCCUCCACCGGCAUGGAUCCUGUUGCCAGGCGCCUACUGUGGGAUGCAGUUGCCAGGACACGGGAGUGCGGGAAGUCCAUCAUUAUCACUUCACACAGCAUGGAAGAAUGUGAGGCUUUGUGCACCCGGCUGGCCAUCAUGGUGAAUGGGCAGUUCAAAUGCCUGGGGAGCCCGCAGCACCUGAAGAGCAAAUUUGGCAGUGGGUACACCCUGCUGGCAAAAACCCACAGUGAUGAUGAGGAUAACCUUCAGGCCUUCAAAAUGUUUGUGGAGAAGACUUUCCCAGGGAGCAUCUUGAAGCAUGAACAUCAGAGCAUGGUCCAUUAUCACCUCACCAACAAGAACCUCAGCUGGGCACAGGUGUUCGGGGCACUAGAGAAAGCCAAAGAGAAGUACUGCGUGGAGGAUUAUUCCGUCAGCCAAAUCUCCUUGGAGCAAGUCUUCAUGAGCUUCACCCGUUUCCAGCACUACACAGAGGAUCAAGGGAAAUGAGACGGAGCCCCUCUGCCUGCUCCGCACAGACUGACCCUGCUGCCUAUACAUAGUAUAUAUAGAGACAGUAAUUUAUAUUAUCAGCCAUGUGUUCAACCAUGCAUCAAAAGGACAGACAUUCUCAACGAAGCGGUGGUGGUGGUGGUGGGAGAUCUCCUUCUCUCCGCAGUGCCGGGAUCAAGAGGAAGAGCGUGCAUGAUGUGCGUGUGCGUGUGUGUGUGUCAUGGUGUACGUCCGCAUGUGGCGAGGCAUGGGAAAGAGCAGCAAAGGGCUGCAUCUCGAGGCAGCACAGCCAGCCUGUGGGUCUUAACUAGCUCUCCCUCCGCCUUUAAGCCAACCAGAGAGGACAGUGCCGCACCACCAUGCAGGUAAUGAACUUCUGGUGCUGGGAUGACUGGUGGACCCUGUCUUUCGCAUCCUCUCCUCCAGGACUGGGUCAACAUCUAUGUCAUUGGCCCAGUGUGCCUCUGCAAGUGGGGCACUGGCAACGCACACGUCUGUCUGUCUGUCUGCAGCCCAUGUCUGUAUGAGGAAACAAAACGUCCCCGUGUGGUGUAUCCGUCCAGCCCGACGUCCUUUUCGCCACUCGUUUUCCUCAGGUGGAGCGGGACGAGGAGGGCAGCAUGCAACCGGUCACAGUCUCCACCUCACUCUGGGGUCCCCAUCAGAUCUGGGAUUAUUUAUUUAUUUUCCACGGUGGGCGGGGAGAGAUAAUGCAUUUUGCUUUUCAGACAGCUGUGAGGCUGAGCUUAUCGUAGUAGGAAUUCCGCCGGCACCAUCCUUGCACAUUCCUUCAUCCAUGUCACUAACCUUAAAUGUUCACGGAGAAUCUCCUUCGAGGUGGUUUUGCUGUAGUUUAGAGCAAUGUUCCUCAACCUUUGGUCACCCCCCCCCAGAUGUUGUUUGUUUACGCUUCCCAUCACCUCCAGGGAUAUGAACAAGCUGGAACAUGAGUAGAGAAGGGCAGCCAAGAUGAUCAAGAAACCAAGCCUUACGAGCAACGGUUGUGGGAGGUUGUGGGUAGGUUUAGCCUGGAUAAGAGGAAAUGGAGAGGAGAUAUGACAGCCACCUUGGAAUAUCUAAUGUGGAAGAAGGAGCAAGCUUGUUUUCUCCUGCUCCGGAGGGUAGAACCCGAACCAAUGGAUCCAAAUUACAAGAAAGGAGAUUCCGACUAAAUAUUAAGAAGAACUUUCUGACAGUAAGAGCCUAUUCAGCUCCUUCAGAAGGUGCUGGGCUCUCUUUCUCUGGAGGUUUUUAAACAGAGGUUGGAUGGUCAUCUGUAAGGGAUGAUUGAGUUGUAACUCGAUGACCCUUUGGGUUCCUUCCAUCUCUACAAUUCUUCAAAUCUAUGAUCCCUAACCAUUGGUUAAACUGGCUGGGGAUGAUGGGAGUCAGAGUCCAGCACCAUCUGGGGACCAAAGGCUGAAGAGAACUGAUUUAGAGAAACUAGCCGAAAGCUUCCACCAGCCAUGGAUCAUGGGAGAGUUCUCUGUUGUAUGAAAUUCUAGCCAAUUGCAAAGAAUUGGAACCGCCACUCGGCAACUUGUCAUUUUGUCUGUGAAUGCUCCAGGACCAACUAAUCAUGUACUCUGUUACGGCUUGGUUCUGGACCCAGGUGGGGACAUUGUUUUGCACUUUUGGGGUUUGUAGCAACCAAGUCAUCCUUGUAGAAGCAGGGGCUGUUGUCAGAUGGAAGCAUCUCCUCCCCCUCCUCCUCCUCUGAAAUCUGGAAGGCUGUGAAGGUAUUGGUGCUAGGUGGCCACUUAUAUUAAGGUGCUCUGCUGGAACCAGGGCUUUUGAAUCCCUCCAAGAAGUUGGAGUGAGGAAGAAGUUCACGCCCGGUUUCAAGGUGCUCACCUGCAUCUGCCAAGGUGCUCAUCUGCACUGUAGGAUAUGUUCUGUUGUAGUGCUGCUUUUGUCUCAACCAGGAUGCCCUUGGUUCCCCAGAAUGAAGGAUCUUCCCAAUGCAGGGCAGGGAAAUUCUGAGACCUCUUAGACCCCAGUUCCCACCAUGCAGGCAGGGGGUGAUGGAGCUGCAGCCCAACAACAUUAGGAAGACAGGCUCCCCAUGCCAGCCUUAUCACCUCUGUCAGGGUGAGUUAGCACAUUCCCCUUGGGGAAAAAUGAGAGAGAAAUCCCACCAUGGGAUUUUCAUAGCAGGCAUUUUUGUGGUUGUCCCUUGCUUUCCCCACAUGGGGGCCUUAUAGAAAUUACCAUCUUAAAACCCGCCUUUUGUAUUGCAUUGAGGAAAGAUUAAGGAACAGAUUGAAGGGUCCUAGCAAGGGGUUAUUCUGCUUGUCCAAAUGGGGAACUCUGGAGACUAGCAUUUUGUAGGGCCAGGUGUGCUGCAGCCCAAGUGCCCAUCCUGGCAAAAACAAAUUAAAAAUCCUGCCUUAGAUAAAUGUGGGUCUAACUGCAUGCACCUGUCAAGACUUGAAUAGCACCUGCUAACUAAGCAUCUGCUCUGCACUGAGCCCUCUGUAUCAUAGCUGCCAAGUUUUCCCUUUUCUCGCGAGGAAGCCUAUUCAGCAUAAGGGAAAAUCCCUUUAAAAAAGGGAUAACUUGGCAGCUAUGCUCUGUAUGCUGCUUGCUAGAUCACCAAAAAACAAAACCCACCCAAAUUUGCAGCUCCAAGUUGGGCAGAGGGGAACACAGCAAAAAAAUAAAAACCAACCACCUUCCAUUUUGUCCCUCCUCUAAUGCAUCCUAUUUGUGCAAAGGCAAUGAUGGCAGUUGCAGUGCUAAAGGUUUUGAUGAGACUGAGAGAAAUGGCCUAGUACUUCAUUCCCAGGUGCUCUAGCAAGGAAAUAAUUCCUGGCCACUAAUCCUUAGCCAUUGGCCAAUCCAGGCAUGUCAAACCUGUGGCCCUCCAGAUGUUUUGGACUACAAUUCCCAUAUUCCCCAACCACUGGUCCUGCUAGCUAGGGAUCAUGGGAGUUGUAGGCCAGAACAUCUGGAGGGCCGCAGGUUUGACAUGCCUGGACUUUAAUCCUUGUUGGGUUCAUGCAUUUCCUUGCACCUGCAGCCGGUUUGCAUACGAGUAGAAUUUGAUAUCUGGAAGAAAAUUCCACAUCUGCAUUUGCAUUACCAUAAAACAACGUUUUGAUCCCUUAGUGCUCCAUAAAUAAGCUUGGAAAUGCAGUUGAAAUACCAGAAGACGUGUGACAGGCUAUGCAGGCCCCUCAGUCCUGAGAGAGUGAUGUUUCUAGAGCUCUUCGUAAUUCGUCCCUGCACAUGACUUAGCAGAAGUGGAAAGAAAUGGGCAAAUGUAGGCACAUUAACAUAAUGCAUCUAGAUGUGUUAGCUAUGCCUGUAGUUGGAGCAGAAUCUGGGUCUUUUAGGAACACAGUAUUUUUGGUCCAUCUGCCCCCUUUCUUCUUAUACAAGGAAUUCCAUGGAGGGGAUGGCCAUGAUUCCUAAUCCUGUUUGGUGCCAGAAAAGUGCUUUUUCAAACUACACUACUUAAGGCAGUUGUGCACUUGCCUUCAAUUGGCUUAAAAACUUGACAGCUGCCUGAAUGGUUUCUUCAGGCCAAGGAGAAUUGGAACCACUCUUGUUACAGAUGUGUGUAUUGCCAAUCUCUGAGCACCUAGCCACCUGCAUACUGGGUAGCUGGUGCUGGAGUGGAAGCGAUAAGGUUUCUGGAGGUGGAAAAGAGAGGGAGAAGCCAGUACUUUAUUCUGGGGUUACUUUGUGCUUGUAGUUGUUUGCCAACGGGUUGCACUGUAGGACCAGUAUGAAGAUGGUCCGUGCUCUAGAAAGUGUGUAUCUGCGGACCAACAUCACUGGUUAGGGUUGUAUCAGAGACUGUUUACAGAGUUAGAAGACAGGGGGCUAAUUUUACCACUCAACAGUCUUGUGCGUGGCAUUGUGGAUUGUUGUUUUCAAAACUUCUCAUGGCCAUUUCAUUGCCCUUUUAAUAACUGUUAUGUCAUGUGGCCACAAUUUUAAACAGAGGUUGGAUGGCCAUCUGUCAUGGAUGCUUUAGUUGAGAUUUCCUGCAUUGUAGGGGGUUGGACUGAAUGACUCUUGGGGUCCCUUCCAACUCUACAAUUUUAUAAUUCUACUAGCUGGCCCGGCCACACGUUGCUGUGGGUCAGUCUGUUAAAUGGACCCUCAGAGUCCCCCUUCAGACUCCCCUCACCUUCAGAGUCCCCCUUCAUUUUGUUGAAAUGUUUUACCACCGGCUUAUCCCUGUGGGUGGGCAUACCCUGUCCCGACCCAUGACCUAUCCCGCCCCCUCCUCCCUCCCAUCCCCCACCCAGGUGAGCCCCCACCUCCACUCGGCCCAGUCUGGAAAGCCAAGCCGAGGUGCUGUGGAGAGGGAAGCUUUCCUAGGUGCAGUACCAGUGUAACCAUCGCUAGAGGGCACUGUUUUGCAACCUCUCCUGUGUUUCCAGCAUCCCCGGCUGUCUGAGUUUUGUGUUCGGGAACAGUGGGUUUUACCUGCUUUACCUACCAUAGGUGUGACAUCUACCUACACAAAUGGUAUGUAAACCCUUGCAUAUUCGCAUGUGAUGUUGUGUCCAAAUUUGAACACAAUCAGUCAAGUGGUUUUGGUGAAAAGUGGAGACCAACAAACAUGUCCCUUUUACAUUUUUAUAUAUAUAGAUUAUUUUUAUCUAAAUAAGAGUUCUGGUUGCUGCAUCCCACCAAAGGCUAUCCUAGUACUGGAAAUGGUGCAGAAACGGGGGUGAGAUGAUCACUGUGUGGUUAGAGCACUUCCCUGCAUCUGGCUGGCCACCGGGACUCUUCAAAACAACCCAACUAUGCAUUUAUCAAGGGGUGCCUUUGGGUCACCCCCGGGUGCAAGUCAAACCACCCCAGGUGCAUCCAAGAGUUCUGUGCAUUGUGCGCAUCACUUGCUUAGCCUCUUCCAUGUGGCACAACCCCAAUCUUACGAUGUCUGUGAGCAAAUGGGGGGGAGGGGGGAGCUAGUCGGUCCUUUCUAUCGCCACCUCUGCCUUUGGCUUACAAAGCCACCCACUCAAGAAAGGCGGUUCAAACUACGGUACUUAUUUCAGGUGGUGCAUGUUCCUUGUUGUCUUCCUUUUUAAGAGUGCAUUAGUGGUGUCCUUUUCUUUUGUCCAUUUCCAGUGGUUUGCCUCUGUUUUUCGUGUUCAAUCACAUUCCGUCCAGUUUGGCCAAGGCCAGCCUAAGGUGUCGCUCCCCCUAGUUAACGCAGGCACACUCCACCAAGAGCUUCUCCUGCACAAGCCAUGGCUCGCAUACACAACAUACGUUUUUAAAAUGCAUUGCUUCCCUCCAGGAAUCCUGGGGGCUGUAGUUUAAUUCUCAUGGAGCUACAAUUCCCAGCAACUGCAACACACUGCUGCUCCCUGGAUCCUUUGGGGAUAGCCAUGCUCUUUAAAUCUAUGUGGUUGUUGUGGCCUCUCUUGACAUGGAGAUGCUCAAUCCGCCGGUCUUAUCCCCCACUCCACUUUCCUUGGAAGCACAGCAGCCACCUCACCUAACCUAGAUAGGGCCAACGCCACGUUCAGCUGCUCAUUACUUGGUGCAGGCCUUAGCUUAAAUUUGCAAUAUUCGUUGGUGGUGAAGCAGCUCCCCUUUUGCAGGGAGAGCCAGUAGAGGACUGUGCAGGUGCUUCUUCGCUCCGUUGCCUUCCCUCCUCCUGGGCCCCUGGGCCUUUUCUCGCACACAUCCCCAGGUGCUAUCUGGCGAACAAAAGAGUGGCAAAGCCAAAGGGAAACUCUGAUCUGCUUCAAGCAGAUUGGAGAACAGCCUUUGCUCUUAAUAAGGGCUGGUCCACUUUCAGAACUGCUUCAGGUUUUUACAGACACUCAACACUGGCUUUUCUAGGCAACAGUGGAGGUUGCUUCAUUUGGGCAAAUUGGGCGCUGCCUCGUCAACUUCUGCCAAGCUCCAGCUGCCACGCUUCUUACUUCAUCCAGCCCAGCAAGAUGGCACAGCCUGCCAUCUUCCUCCUCCUCCUCCAUCUCAGUGUUGCCCUUUAUAGAACUCAGCAAGGAGGAAGAUGGGGACAAAACUAGAAUGCCUUUCCUUGCCUCUGGCUCCCCCUACUGUUGGGCUCCCUGCCUUCUGCCCUACCAACCCCAAUGGGCUGCAACCACCACUAUUUAUAAGCAUGUGGCAGUCACCCACCAGUUCUUCUAAACAGUGGAUAUUUGCCAGGGAGCUGGUGCAUCUCACUGGUGCAAGUCUUCAAGUGUUACGCGGAAUGUACCCUUUAUGGAGGGGGUGGGUUCACUCUUGCUUGGUCCACCAUACACUAAACUCUGCAGCUGUUCCCCUCCCCUGGGACCCCCCCCCUGCUUGUCCAUCCACAUGGGAUCUAGAUCUGUGGUUUUUAAAACCUCCCGGGGUUUCUUGAGGAACCUUAUUAAGUAAGCCCUCCUCACUGAGAUCACUAAUGGCAAACAGGCUUCCUCGGAAGGUGGGUCACCUGCUAUUAGCAAUAUGCCCGUGCUACCACAGAGGGCUUUGAGGUGUUGAGUUUCUCCCUUUUUUCUUUCACUGGUUCUGCCCCUGCACAUUGCAGUUGCUGUGAAAGGCGACAGAGCCCUGAAAUAAGUAGAGCAGAGGGUGGGGGGCGUCCCUCCCCAUGUUCCAAGGUGUGCAUUCAGUUAAUUCACAGGGGCAAUGGUGAGGCUUCUUAGCAUGCUUCGCGUAAUCUGCACCAUGCAAGCAUUCCACAGCAGACUGGUCCCCUGGGGAUCGGGAGUUUUGACAACCAUUGCUUUAGAUGUCUUGAGUGUAAAAUAGUCAGUGUUUUGUUUUCAGUACUUCAACUCACACAGUAAAUCCCUUCGUCUUGCACAAGUCACUGCAUUUUUGCACAAUUGUAUGUGUGUGUGUGUUUAUGGAUCCGGUUUGUGCUCUGAAAUUUCUCAGGUCUGUUAUUGCACCAACCCCCCAAACACAAUAUACUGAAAUGUUUUUGCUCCAAAGGCAAACGGAACCAGCGGAGAUUGUCUUUUGCUGCUUUUGGUCACGAUGACAGUGGCAAACUGAGCACUAAUCAAAACCACGAAAGCCACCCAUUAGCUAUUGUGUCCUCCCAAAGUAUGUGCCCCUUUUCUGAUCCCGCCCCCAUAUUUCACUUUUUAUUUGUGUUGGGUUUUUUUUGUGUGUGUGUGUGUGUGUGUGUGUGUGUAUGCCUGCCUGCCUAUGAAAAUACAUUUUUAAACACUAAGGAGGAUACAGGGACUUCUGAAAGGGAGGGGUGCAGGGUUAGUCCAUGUCACAGACAUGUGUGUGUCCAUCUGCUCUUCAAUGUACUCUUAUAUACUGCAGUCAGUUGUAGUGGUGACAUUUUCCCCCAUCUCAAAAAAUAAACCGGAUUUUCAAAAUAGCGACUCUGCAAUUUUUCCCUGUCAUGGUAGAUGGGGGGGGGGUUGUGUAUCUGUGUGCGAGCGCGCAUGCAUACACACCCACAUCCCAGAGAGUGUAACAUACUUAGCAGGUGUGUGUGCUGUGCAUAACUACAUGGGAGUCAGUUGCUGCUCUGCGAGAAGCAUAGUUCUGCUGCCACACUUUGGAGGCAGGAAUGCCUCUAAAUACCAGUUAUUGUAAACCAACAGAAGGUGAGAGCUCUCUUGUGCUCAAAUGCUGCUUGAGGCAUCUGGUUGGCCAUCGUGAGAACAGGGUGGUGGGCUACAUGGGCCAUUGGCCUGAUCCAGCUGGGAAACCCUGAUGUUCUUAAAUAGAACAAUACCCAAGAACAUAGAAACUAUCCUCCCCUGAGCUAAAACUUUAAGCAAGAGCAGGACUUUGCACUCUGUGUUUUUCUCUGUCAGAAGAGAUAGCUAAGUUGGUUAGAGUGUGGUGCUGAUAACACCAAGGUUGCAGGUUCAAUCCCCAUAUGGGACAGCUGUAUAUUCCUGCAUUGGGGGUGGGGGUGGACUACACGAUUCUACAUCCCUGCCUUGACCAAAUGGCAGCGCAACCCUUAGCAGCUGAGGCAAAAGCAAACCUGAAUCCCCCUGCACCGAAAGCUCUCCCCUGCCCUUGAUCUGCCAGCCAGCAGAACAGCACCAGCAAAGGCUUUUGUAAUCCUUUCCUUUUUUGCAGGAGUGGCGUCCUUGGCCCGCUCCCAGCCAUAAUUCCUCCCCACGCAGCACGGCCUUGUUCCACUGGCACAUUGGUGCUUUUAUUGAGAAUGCAGUCUUGGCUUUACAGGGCAGCACUGGCUUUCCAGAGGGUGCCAGCUCCAAGUGGGAGUAGGACAGGGAUGCCAGACCCUCCCCUAAGCCUCCCCCCCAACCCACGUUGCCAUGGCACUUCCAGACAUUCAGUCUGUCUGAAUC